UCAAAAGCUACGUAUGAAAUCGACUGGAUGGUAUAUUGAUUAAAAAAUUUCAGACAAUUUGAAAAAUAGGGAAAAUAAGGAGGAAAAACUGACUGAAAUUCUGGAUUGACAAUAGGAGCAGAGUAAAUGGGGUUGAUGGGGAAGAUGGCGUGCUUUUAAUUUUGUUGCAGUCAGAGGUUGGUGAAGGUGAAGGUGAAGAGCAGCAGAGAGAGAGGGAGAGAGAGAGGGAGACUUAUUUGAUCGAGGGUUUGGCUUCAAUUGAGGGCAAGAUCUGUUCAUUUGGCUGUUUAGUGGUGGGUAAGAAUUAGGGUUCCUCAUUCUUGUUGCCUGCCUGUGUACUCAUGAUUCUUUGAUUACAUGGCUUAUGAUUGUUUGUUCUCUUCAUCUUCUUCUUCUUCUGAUUUCUGAUUUAUUCUUGGACUUUGGCUCUUUGGUAAAGGGUUUCGCUUGGAACCAAAUCGCCUCUUUUUACGAGGAGCUCUUUUCCUUUACUUUUGAGGUGGUUUCCACUGCUCUCUUCUCUUUGUCAGUUCGUCAAUGCUAUGUUCUUGCUCUAAGAUUUGGAUUUUCAAAAGCGAGAGCCCUCCAUUCAACUCAAAAAGCUCGUGAAUGCUGGGAAUCUCUAGGGUUUUGUCUUCUCUUCUUUCCCUCUUCUUCAUUUCGAGACCCCGAUUCAAAAUCCCACUUUUUCUUAACCCUUUUUCGAAAGCUUCUGCCCUGAUCCACCUCUGAUGAUUUUCUAAGUUUCUUCAAAGGGGAGCAUACAUGCAUCUAUCACUAUGGAAGCCCAUAUCCAACUGCGCCGCUCUGUUCAUCGACAAGAAAAAGAGCCGUCAGAGAGACGGCGGCGAGUUUUCCGAUGAUUCUGGCAAGCAUCGGAAGCCCUCGAUCCUCCGGCAACUCCAGGAGAGCAAGCUGCGUGAAGCCCUCGAAGAGGCAUCUGAGGAUGGCUCCCUCUUCAAAUCCCAGGAUAUCGACUCCGACGCCGGCGGCGGCGGUGGGGAUGGCUCCAUUGGCCGGUCAAGAUCUCUCGCCCGUCUCCACGCCCAGAAGGAAUUCCUCCGGGCGACGGCCCGCGCGGUCGACCGUAUCUUCGAGUCCUUCGAUUCCAUCCCGGAGCUUCAGGAGUGCUUCAAAAAGUUUAUCGUCAUGUACCCCAAUUACCAGUCGUCAAAUCUCAUCGAUCAGCUUCGCGACGAGGAAUACAGCCACCUAGAUGAGGCUAGCGCGAAGGUAAGCCUUGAUUAUUGCGGCUUCGGUCUUUUCUCAUACCUGCAAAGCUUUGAGCAAUGGGAGUCUACUGCUUUUAGUCUCUCUGAAAUCACGGCAAACUUGAGCAACCAUGCCAUCUAUGGAGGUGCGGAGAAAGGCACAGCUGAGCAUGACAUCAAAACCCGAAUAAUGGAUUAUCUGAACAUCCCUGAGCAUGAGUAUGGGCUUGUAUUUACGGUCAGUAGAGGCUCUGCUUUUAGAUUGCUUGCAGAGUCUUAUCCUUUUCAAACCAACAAGAAGUUGCUCACCAUGUUCGAUCAUGAGAGUCAGUCUGUAACUUGGAUGGCACAGAGUGCCAGGGAGAAGGGAGCAAAAGCGUACAAUGCGAGCUUCAAGUGGCCGACGCUCAAGGUUUGUAAUUCCGAGCUGAGGAAACUGAUAGCGAGCAAGAAGCGGCGGAAAAGGGACUCGGCAGUGGGCCUCUUCGUCUUCCCGGUUCAGUCUAGGGUUAGUGGAGUCAAAUAUCCAUAUCAGUGGAUGGCCAUGGCGCAACAAAAUAACUGGCAUGUUUUGCUUGAUGCUGGAUCUUUGGGUCCCAAGGACAUGGAUUCGCUGGGAUUGUCACUUUACCGUCCUGAUUUCAUAAUAACUUCAUUCUACAGGGUGUUUGGAUCAGACCCUACUGGUUUUGGUUGUCUGCUUAUCAAGAAAUCAGUGAUGGGUUGUUUGCAGAACCAAAAUGGUGGCACUGGAUCAGGAAUGGUGAGGAUUCUUCCUGUUUUUCCGCAGUAUUUGAGUGAUUCUGUUGAUGGUUUGGAUGGUUUUGAUGCAUCUGAGAAGGACCAGGUUGAUGGCCUUGAGGAACCUUUGAAGCCGGGAACCAGCCGAGCAUCACAAAUGCCUGCUUUCUCUGGUGCAUUCACGUCAGCUCAGGUUAGAGAUGUGAUUGAAACUGAGAUGGAUCAGGAUAAUAGCUCCGACAGGGAUGGAGCCAGCACCAUCUUUGAAGAAUCAGAGAGCAUUUCACUUGGAGAGGUGAUGAAGAGCCCAAUUUUUAGUGAAGACGACUCAUCCGAUAAUUCUCUGUGGAUUGAUUUGGGUCAGAGCCCCUUUGGCUCAGAUAAUUCAGGUCAGCUCAGUAGAGGCAAUAUCGGUUCUCCAUUACCACCGUCCUGGUUUUCUGGUAGGAAGAACCCUAAGAGAGUUUCCCCAAAGUUGCCUUCAAAGAAGAGUCCGAUGCAUGAGGACCAUGUGCUCUCUUUCGAUGCAGCAGUCUUAUCAGUCUCACAUGAUUUGGAAAGAGUUAAGGAAAACCAAGAAGAGAUGCCUCAUAUCAGUGAGAUUCAGGAAGAGCCUGAUAAUGGCACUGCUGGGCGGAGAAUGGUGAAAUUUUCUUCUGCCAAUGGAGGCAAAACUGGCACUUUUGGGCAUCAAACCUUUCAAGAAAAUGGUUCAACAUCUGAAAUUUUCCAGGAGGAAGGUGUAAUGGGGAUUAAAGAAAGUGCCAUCAGAAGGGAGACUGAAGGCGAAUUCAGGUUAUUAGGGAGGAGGGAAGGAAACAAUUCCCGGUUCAAAUGUGGCAGAUUCUAUGGUGUGGAAGACAGUGAUGGCGUUGUGAGCACGGGCCGUAGGGUUUCAUUUAGUACCGAAGACAUCAAACCUUCAGAAAGGUUCGGUCACAAUUUGGAUGCAGGUGAAGCUUCUACUCAUAAUCCCGCGGCUUCUGAAGCUGCCAGUGCCAGCGACUAUGAGGAUGAUCAAGAGUGGAGCAGAAGAGAGCCUGAAAUAAUUUGCAGACAUAUCGAUCAUGUCAACAUGCUGGGCCUAAACAAAACCACCUCACGGCUCCGCUAUCUGGUCAAUUGGCUUGUGACUUCAUUGCUCCAUCUCCGAUUACCGGCAUCCGAUGGGGAUGAUGGGAUUUCUCUUAUUCGCAUCUAUGGGCCAAAGAUCAAAUACGAGAGAGGUGCCGCUGUUGCAUUUAAUGUGAGGAAUGUGCGUGGCGGUUUAGUGCACCCCGAAACUGUCCAGAAGCUGGCCGAAAGAAAUGGGAUUUCAUUGGGAAUUGGUUUUCUCAGCCAUAUAAAGGUGAUGGACAACGCGAAAGCACUUCACGGGGCGGUCGAAUUGAGCGACCCUUCCUUGUGUGGCCCCGUGUCGAACGGUCGUCGGGACAGUAAGAAUGUUACGAUCCGAGUGGAGGUUGUUACUGCUUCGCUAGGAUUUCUCACGAAUUUUGUAGAUGUGUACAAGAUGUGGGCUUUUUUGGCCAAGUUCCUUGAUCCGAUAUUUGUUGAAAGUGAUGGCUUAUCAACUGUUUCAGAGAUCCCGGAGACAUAGAAAAGUAGAUUGAGAUUGUGGUUUCUUCGUAUUUGGGAGACUUGUUUGGGUAGACCUCAGAUUACAGUUCACGAUGUGGCUGGAGUGUGUUUGCCAACGGCGGCUAUUGUCGGAGGUUGUGUAUGGCGGUUAGCAUGUGAUGACCAGCGGUUGCUUGCAUUGAGGGUGAUGGACAACAAGGCUGGUGGUGGUUAUGGUGGCGAGCGAUGAUAGUAGUGGUUGGCAGUUGGCGGCUGUCGGUUGUCGGCUGUCAUCAACUGGGAGGCAGAUGCAGCUUUCGGCGGCGGCGGGCAAAUAUUUUACACUAAAGGUGUAAUUGGAAAUUGGAAUUCAACCAAAUCAAAGGAAUGUCAAAUA